AAGAGUGACAAGUAGAAACAUAUUGGGGAGGAGGAAAGAGAAUUGUGAAUGUGAAACAGAGAGAGAGGGGGGUAAUGUGGUGGUGUUUUCCUCUUGCGUGCAUCAGUGAGGCAGAGGGGAGUGUGAUGGUGGUGUUUUCCUCCCGCAUGCAUCAGUAAGAUGUGAAGAUGGCGGAGCUGCAGAUGCUGUUGGAAGAGGAGAUUCCUGCUGGUCGAGGAGCUCUGCUGGACAGCUACGCCAACCUAGAGAGAGUCGCCGAGUACUGCGAGAGCAACUACAUUCAGUCUCCAGAUAAGCACAGAGCUCUAGAAGAAACCAAAAGCUACACUACUCAGUCUUUGGCCAGCGUAGCGUAUCUGAUCAACACUCUCGCCAACAAUGUGCUUCAGAUGCUGGAUAUACAAGCGUCUCAGCUACGCCGCAUGGAGUCGUCCAUCAAUCACAUCUCACAGACGGUGGACAUCCAUAAAGAGAAGGUGGCCAGGCGAGAAAUUGGCAUCCUCACCACCAAUAAGAACACUUCCCGCACACAUAAGAUCAUUGCACCAGCCAAUCCUGAGAGGCCUGUACGCUACAUCCGCAAGCCCAUUGACUACAGUAUGCUGGAUGACUUGGGCCAUGGCGUAAAGUGGUUACUAAGGUUUAAGGUCAACGCCCAGAAUAUGAAAGCGGGUACAACUCCACGCACAGCCGCCCCUACCCAGAAACCACCCAGCCCUCCCGGCCCGGGCAAAGGAACCCUGGGGCGGCACUCCCCUUACCGGACGCUCGAGCCUGUGCGUCCACCUGUCAUCCCUAACGACUAUGUGCAGAGUCCAACACGAAACACAGCACCACCCCUACAGAGCCCAGCUAGAACUGCAUCCGUUAAUCAGAGGACCCGUACUUACAGUGGCAGCAGCGGCGGCAGUCAUCCCAGCAGUCGCAGUAGCAGCAGAGAGAACAGUGGGAGUGGAAGCGUGGGCGUGCCCAUCGCCGUGCCAACCCCUGCCCCGCCCACCGCAUUUCCCGGUACAGCACCUGCCCCUCCCAACCCUCCCAAACCCCCUCCGAGCGUUGCUAUUCCUGCACCUCCCGUACCUCCGCCACCUCCCACCCCAGAGCCAGUGCCCCCCGCCCCUGCCCCGACCCCUGCUCUGCCAGCAGAGGGCCCUCCUGAAAUUCCACCACCUCCACAGCUGCCCCCCAACCUCCCCGUUUGCACCAACACCAACCCUCCUGCUGCAACUAGCACCCCCGCUCAAGGCAACGGUCCUCACUUUUACAGUAUGAACCGACCAAUGACACGGCACACCACGCCCUCAGUGGGAGGUUCCCUGCCCUAUCGCCGGCCGUCAUCAGUUACUGGACAGCCCAACAACAUGCCUCAGAACACAAAUCCAAACAUGAUCCAAAACCAGCUCAAUGGAGGGCCACACUACAACCAAAACCAAGCCCCUAUGGCCCCUCCACCCCCCUCUAUUCUCCAGAUCACCCCCCAGCUACCGCUCAUGGGCUUUGUGGCUCGGGUUCAGGAGACCAUCUCAGACGCUCCUCCACCGCCGCCUCCUGCAGAAGAGGUGGAGUUCGAGGAAGCAACCCCGCCCCCGCCUCCUCCAGAGGACUAUGAGGAUGAGGAGGGUGAUGAAGAGGAAGAGUCAGCGGUGGUGGAGUACAGUGACCCCUACGCUGAAGAAGACCCGCCAUGGGCCCCUCGAAAUUACCUGGAGAAAGUGGUGGCUAUUUACGACUACACACGAGACAAAGAAGACGAGCUGUCCUUCCAGGAGGGGGCAAUCAUUUACGUCAUCAAGAAGAACGAUGACGGCUGGUUCGAGGGCGUGAUGAGCGGCACCACGGGCCUCUUCCCUGGGAACUACGUGGAGUCCAUCAUGCAUUACGCUGACUGAGCCAGCGGGUGGCGCCACUGCUCCUCUGUCCAUCAUCUUCCUCAUUAUAUACACACAUGCACACACACACACACACAAAUGAAUUCAGCUACACUACUUCAUGCACAAGCUUGUUGCGGACAAACAGGCUGAGAACUUGCGGUGGUGAUGAUUUUAACGGGAAAAAACUGUUCAGAUGUGUAAGAUAAAUACAUUAGGAACAUUUAUUCAUCUCUUAAUUUCAGUCUCUUAGAAACAUUUAUCAGAAAAGUGUUGGUUUGCUUGACUUGUGUUGAUAGUGAUCGCUUUGCUUUCGCUCCUAUCCGUCUCUACUCUGGAGGAAUGGGUCUGACUAGCAGAAGGACAGUUGCACUUUCUCGUGGAAGACGGCCAUCUUGGAUGUGCAUGUUCCUUUUACAUCACCUCUUAACCGUGUGCUGUCCACUGACCAGCAAUUGACAGAAAAAGCUUUUGCCAAGAAUGACAGAACAGGGAUUUUAUGCAUAUUGUGGUGCCAGGUAAUAGAGAGAGAGAGAGAGACGCAUGGAUUCAGGUGGGCUGCUUUUCUUUAGUUUUUCAUUGCGUUAGGAGUUGAAUUUCUUUUAAACCGUUACAUUUGGAGUGCAGUUUGAUAUGUUUAGCAGGAGGAUAUACCAAAGGAUUUCAGUGGCGUUUGGGAUCACGAACGGGACCGACUACAACCUUAAAAUACUUCUUUUUCACCAUUCCUUUAUAAGAUUUUAUUGCUUGAAAUAUUUGCAAGUAUGUGUAUUGUUUGUAUGUAUGAUAAAAAGUAAAAAAAAAAAACACUAUUAAAUUGUUCAGGAAGUUUGUGCCAUAAAGAAAUGUUCGUAGAUGGUCAUAUUUUUGGACGUGAGAGGUUGCUUCUUGAAUCUCAGCACCGGAUGUGGUGUUCUUCAGGAAGAACGUGUGUAUUGUGAACUUUAACCUCCGAUUCAUCCCUUUGACCAACUGUGGACUUCAAGAUACAAGACUAUUCUCUAUGUAUGUUAUAUAUUGAUUUAUAUUAUAGAAAUACUAUUGUGUUGGUGUAUGACUGGUGUAGAGAUAAGAGAACCCCAUUUAUCUGCAAUAACAAAGGCACAGUUAGAAAGUCCUCAGUCGACGAGCUACAGAGAUUUUUAAAGCACAAGAGAUGCACGUGGUCUUAGGGAGACCUUGUAAAAUGUGAAGAACUGAUUUUUGGAUGAAGAGAUACUAAAAAACAGAAACCAGCCCAAGUUUUAAACAUCCUCAUACCCACAUGCAGAUAAUGUGGAACAAACUGUACUAAUGCACAGAGACUUUUUCUAUCGAGUACUUUGAUGUCUAUAUGUAAGUGUGUGUGAGUGCGUAUGUGAGCGUGAAACCGAUCGAUUUCACCGUUUCUGGAUCAUUGGUGACUGACUUGCUUGUCUGUGUGCAAAUCUUUAUUUUCAAUGAACGGUCUGUGGCGAGGGUGUGUGAAUUGAGUCUUGCAUGUUGAUCAUUUCUGUGAUUUUCCUGCUGAUGGAGAAUAAACUGGAUAUAUCUGG